UCGAUCUCUCGUCGAAUUUUGGAGCAAAUAAGGUUAACGUCGUGCGGUCGUGCCGACGCUGCUCGUCAUUAAAUAGGAAUCUAUUGAAUAUUUAUUUGUGAAGUAUUUGUUUCUUCACCAUCAAUCAUGACGCUCACAAAUAAGAUGGAUAUCGACGAGAAGAAUGCUAAGGGAGAAGGCUUUAAACCGUAUUACAUUACGAAAAUCGAGGAAUUGCAGUUAAUUGUUGCUGAAAAGAGUCAAAAUUUAAGGAGACUGCAAGCACAGCGUAAUGAACUCAACGCCAAAGUACGCAUGUUACGCGAAGAGUUACAACUCCUGCAAGAACAGGGUUCCUAUGUCGGGGAAGUGGUUAAACCUAUGGACAAGAAGAAGGUCCUAGUUAAAGUACAUCCGGAGGGCAAAUUUGUGGUAGAUAUAGACAAGAACAUCGACAUCAACGACGUGACUCCAAACUCGCGUGUUGCUCUGCGUAACGAAAGUUACACUCUGCAUAAAAUAUUGCCGAAUAAAGUCGAUCCGCUUGUCUCCCUUAUGAUGGUAGAGAAAGUGCCGGAUUCUACCUACGAAAUGGUUGGAGGUUUAGAUAAACAGAUAAAGGAGAUAAAAGAGGUCAUAGAGUUGCCGGUCAAGCAUCCAGAAUUGUUUGAUGCUCUUGGAAUUGCACAGCCAAAAGGUGUACUGCUGUAUGGACCACCAGGUACCGGCAAGACUCUUCUUGCAAGAGCGGUCGCGCAUCAUACCGAGUGCACCUUUAUUCGCGUAUCCGGAUCUGAGUUGGUGCAGAAAUUUAUCGGAGAAGGUUCGCGUAUGGUUCGCGAAUUGUUCGUCAUGGCAAGAGAACACGCACCGUCUAUAAUAUUCAUGGACGAAAUCGAUUCCAUUGGAAGUUCCCGGAUUGAAUCUGGGUCUGGUGGAGAUAGUGAAGUACAACGUACCAUGUUAGAAUUGCUGAAUCAGUUGGACGGUUUUGAAGCAACGAAGAACAUAAAAGUUAUUAUGGCCACAAACAGAAUUGAUAUCCUGGAUCCGGCAUUAUUGCGGCCCGGGCGUAUUGAUCGUAAGAUCGAAUUUCCACCUCCAAACGAAGAGGCUAGAUUGGACAUCCUGAAGAUUCAUUCUAGGAAAAUGAAUUUGACACGUGGAAUAAAUCUGAGAAAGAUAGCUGAACUUAUGCCUGGGGCGUCAGGAGCAGAAGUCAAGGGUGUUUGUACGGAAGCUGGAAUGUAUGCUCUUAGAGAACGUCGAGUUCAUGUAACUCAAGAAGAUUUUGAGAUGGCUGUAGCAAAGGUGAUGCAGAAGGAUUCUGAGAAAAAUAUGUCGAUCAAGAAGUUAUGGAAAUAAUUAGCUUCGCAAUUUUUCAACGUCUCAUUAACAAUCUUUAAUCUAUUAUUCUCUAAUAGCGAAUUAUUUUAAUGGCAAUAUAUUUAAGAUGUGUAAACGUAGAAACUUCAUAUAUGAAAUUAGAGAUAACAGUAAAACUAUUGUAAUAUCAAAACAAUGAAAUUUUAUUACUGUAUUUAAAAAAUACCAUACCAUUAUUAAAUACAAUUUAAUUUAAAACAGA